UCCAUUCUGCCUCGAUUCCUUAGAAACAAACAAAAAUAGAGAAAGAAGAAUCUAUAUAUUUCUAAUAAGUUAUUACGAAGCAGCUUCACAAAUGGAGGAGAUUGAAUAUUAGUUGUUAUAUUGCUAUUUGACGUUUCUGAAUUGGUUGAAUUUAGGAUUUAUCAACUUUUGAAUGGGGGUGGAGUACACAUGUUGCGAGUCCGAGUUCUUCAUUCAUAUAGUGAUCAUUGUAUUUCUGGUAGUAUUUGCGGGAAUGAUGUCUGGCCUUACAUUGGGGUUAAUGUCGUUAAGUCUUGUUGAUCUUGAAGUCCUUGCCAAGUCUGGAACUCCAAGUGAUCGUAAAAAUGCUGCCAAGAUCUUGCCUGUUGUACAAAAUCAGCAUUUAUUGCUGUGCACCCUACUUAUUUGCAACGCUGCUGCCAUGGAGGCACUUCCCAUCUUUCUUGACAGCCUAAUUACAGCUUGGGGUGCUAUUCUUAUUUCUGUCACAUUGAUUCUUCUGUUUGGUGAGAUCAUACCUCAGUCCCUUUGCUCUAGACAUGGACUGACCAUUGGUGCAACUAUGGCCCCAUUUGUCCGCGUUCUUGUUUGGAUCUGCUUUCCUAUUGCAUAUCCAAUAGGCAAGCUAUUGGACUAUCUGCUAGGUCAUCAAAACAGUGGUCUUUUCCGACGAGCUGAGUUGAAAACUUUAGUACAUUUUCAUGGAAAUCAUGCUGGUAAAGGUGGAGAGCUAACAAAUGAUGAGACAACAAUAAUUGCUGGUGCUUUGGAGCUUCACGAGAAAAGAGCCGGUGAUGCUAUGACCCCCAUAUCUGAUAUCUUUUCAAUUGAUCUUGACGGGAAGUUGGACAGAGAUUUGACCAAUUUAAUUUUGGAGAAAGGGCAUAGCAGGAUACCAAUCUACUCAGAUCAACCCACAAACAUAAUUGGACUUCUUCUGGUCAAGAACUUAUUAACCAUCCAUCCAGCAGAUGAAACCCUUGUAAGAAAUGUUACCAUCCGAAAGAUCCCAAGGGUCUCAUAUACCAUGCGAUUGGACGACAUCUUGAAUGAGUUUCAGAAAGGUCAUAGUCAUAUGGCUGUGAUUACAAGAGAAUGCAACAAAAAGACGAACCAACCCGCUAGCAAUAGCGCCCUUGCUCAUAAUUCUGUUGAGGAUGUGAGAGUAGACAUUGAUGACGAAAGACCUGUUCCCGAGAAGAGUACUACAUCAUUACAAAAGGGCAAGAGUAGUCUUCCCAAUGGUGGAAACAAUUCAGCCAGGAGAAUUAGGAAUAGGAGCAGGAUGUCCUCGAAAGAUAUGUACGCGGAUAUUUUGCGGAUAGAUGAAAAUGAUCUGCCAAAUAUCCCUGAUGAUGAAGAGGUAGUUGGAAUAAUAACUAUGGAAGACAUUAUUGAAGAGCUUUUACAGGAGGAAAUUUUUGAUGAGACGGAUCAUACAAAGCAUUUAUAGCAGCAGUUCUUUUGUAUUUAAUAUAACAAACUAAUGUGUAAUUGCCCACGGUAUUAGUCUCUCGGAACAUGCGUUGAGCGUUUAUACUAAUACUUAAUACAAAGGGCACAUUUAA